GCUUGGUUGCUUUCCGUACUACAGCAAAUCGCCUCUUUUAUGAGUUUAAAGCUCUGACGGUAGAUGGCAACUAUUUUAUGUGCGUCGAGGUUCUUUUUUCCUGUCAUUGGAACGGAUAUGUUAAGAUGGCGUCAGAAAUGCAGACUACGGAAAACAAGAUCAUGAAGUUUUGGCCUAGAAAGAACAGAAUUCUGCAAAAACGAUUGCGGAGUUGCGGCCAGGAAUAUAUUUCACGCUCGGGAAAGGUUAUUCCUGCCAAAACACAACCAGAUGAAUUGUGUCAGUGUCCUCAACGGUGUGAUGAAAAGGUUCCAACAGAAAUACGAGCGAAACUUUUUGAAGAGUUUUACAAAAUUGGCGACCACUCCCGUCAAAACGACUUUUUAAUGGCUCACAUUAAAACAAGGGCAGUGCAGAGGAGAUCAACAGAACUUAAGAUACCAGGAAGGAAUCAGAGACGUGUAAGCUGCAAAUAUCAAGUACCACUACCAGUCACUUUAAGUCCUCCCCUACAACCAGGACCGAGCCCUCCAGGACUGAAACUUGUUGAAGUGUGCCAAAAAGCAUUUAUGAAUGUAUUUGCAAUAACUGAAAAAAGAGUGAGACUGCAACGGGAAAAGCUUAUUGCUCGUGUACUCCAGACCAAAAUUCCAAAAGUGGCAACAGCUCCAGCAACUUCAGCACCUACAUCAACACUGGUCACAUUCCCAAUGCCCAUGUCAGAACUGCCAGUAACUAUGGGAACAGCGCAAAGACGACAAGUAAAAGUUGGACAAAUAGGUGAAGUGGGAUUGUGGCGUGAUGAACCUGUUUUUGAAAGUGCCAAACCAAAGAGUGAUGUUGACAUUAUGAAACCGUUAUUGUCACUGACACCUAAUCAAAUAGAAAUAUGGAAAGAGCGACAUCAUGAAAUUGAUUUAGUAGAUAAUUUCUUUAGCAAUCAACUAUGGAAACCUGAAUAUAUUAAUACAGCAACAUAAUGUAUGUUGUACAGUGCAAUAAUUUAACAAACUACAAUGAAUCAGGCAAUGAAAUAUUCACUCAUAAUUUUGGUUGUUACUACAUGUUCACAGCCACUAUUGGUGCACGUGACAACCUCUGUUACAUUACAAGAACCUUCCGUAUGAUUUUGAUACCAAACAGCAUGGUAAAACUUGCUUUAUUCUUUAUAUUCCAUCCAUUUUGUAACGUAUUUAUUAAAAUUUUUAUAUCUUUUAACAUUACCAGUUUUGCAUGUAAUUAAAAUCUACAUGUUGUUCUGCAUUAAUUGGCACCAAAGAAAAAAAAAGUGAUUUUAAAAUGCAUAUCAUGCAUCAACUAUUUCCUUGACUUUAACAAGGUUUUAGACUAAUAAAAUCAGUUUCAAAACUGAUUGAUGUCACUUAAUGUUGUGAAGUCAUUGUGAUUUGUUGACAUCUUGUGAAUAAUGUUGACCAAGCUCUCUAUCAGUAUUCUGGUGGUUUAUAACUGUUUUUCUCGUAUAAAUAAAGUCAUAACUUAUUUUCUAUAGAUGUAUGUUUGGUAUUUGUAUAGAAUAAAAAGUUAGAACAAAAUUUUCUUAUUGAUAUUACAGAAUCCCUUCUAAUCACAAACGUGUCCAUUGCCCAAUCAAAAUAAACAUUUCACAGAGCAAAAACUUGAUGUUUAGAAACAGGUUCAAAAUGUUAAAAAAUACAUUAUCAUGUUUUAAUAUGUAUCUAAUGCAGGUAAUCUAGACGUUCUAAUAUUGACCUAAUCACUAUAGAAAGACUUCCCAAUCUUUGGCUUCAAGCUUGAACAUUAAGAGCAAGUAGAAUGUAAGGUUUAGUCUCUAUUAGAUAUUUGUAUAUGCACUCAAAUAAAAAAAUAAAUUAAAAAAUAA